UUUGAAUGCAGAGUAAAUCUCAAGCUCUGAUUCAAACCAGAUUUUGGAUUCACAAUGAGCAACUUGUCAGCAAUUGCCUUUGCUCUGAAUUUUCUCCUCUUGUGAAUGGCUUCAAGCCAGCAUUCACACCGUCACAAACCACGAACACAUAAACCCCCCUCACCCAUCCUCCUCCCCAUCUCACGCACCAACACCACCACCACAAUGCCCCUUCUCCUCACCCUCACCGCCCCCUCCCAAAACGACAUAACCGACAAAUACAACUCCCCCCUCUCAACCCCCUCUCACCUAAUCAUCGACCUCGAAAACCCCGACAAGAAAUUCCUAUCCCGAAAAUACGGACACAACCCCGAACAACUUCAAAAAGAAUUACACAAGAUGGUCAAAGAUAAGCUAGCUAAGCGGGUAUUCGUCGCGAAGUUUCCGGUCUAUCAGCUGCCGAUGGAGGUGGUGCAGAAGAGGCCGUGGAUUUAUGAGUACGUGCGGGAUGUGGCGCAGGUGGAUGCCAUGAAGGAGGAUGAUGAGGGUGAGCGUGAGAUGGCUGGGAGGCUUCGGCGUGGCUUUUCUUGAGUGGUGUUUGAGAGAUUUUGGUAGAGUUGUGUACGAUAACGAGGGGUGCUUUGAGGUACUUGGUGAAAAAUACCUCGUACCUUGAGCCAAUUCCAAGCGUAGUGUAAGAUUGAUGGAUGAAACACAUUCAUCAAAAAUAUUUGAAAGUCGGAUUCCAGCUCGAGCUUCAGGAAGGGAUUGAGAAAAGUAGCGCUCGACAUGUGAACUCGGAGCUCACUGUCUAUUAUUUGAACUCC